CUAUGUCUCUCCCUUCAUCUGACGAGCAGAAACAUCAAUCGUCUGUCGCAGAAAACACUGAUCAUGAGCAGUUCAAACAACAAUUUGGAUUGGAUCCGGCAGAUAUCGCUGCUCAUACUCCGUCACUGCGUGGUCAUAAGCUAACGGCUGCAGUGGCGUUUGUAGCAGGAACUGGGUUCACACUCUUUGGAUAUGAUCAAGGUAUCAUGUCGUCACUGCUUACGGGUAAUCAGUUUGAGGGUUCAUUCCCUGAAGUUGUAGUAGAGCCCAGUCACCCCGAUCACGCCACUCUUCAGAGCUUCAUAAUUGCCAUUUACGAAGUGGGCUGUCUCUUUGGUGCCCUGUCCAAUCUUUGGGUGGGAGAUAAGCUCGGUCGUCGAAGGACGAUUGUUGUAGGAGGCAGUAUAAUGAUAGUUGGGGCAAUUCUGCAAACUACUGCGUUUUCUUUUGCACACUUAAUUUUUGCUCGUAUCUUUACAGGCUACGGAAACGGUCUGAUAACAUCGACAGUGCCCACAUAUCACGCGGAACUCUCCCCUUCCGCAAAGAGGGGCCGAAUGAUAAUGAUGGAGGGGACAUUGAUCGUGGUUGGAGUGACCAUCGCAUUUUUCGUAAAUUGGUCGUCUGCUCAGUGGAGAGUUCCGAUAGCGCUGCAGUUAGUGUUCGAAAUCAUUAUGGUGACAUGCAUCGGAUUCCUACCCGAGUCACCGAGGUGGUUGGUAAAGCGUGGUCGCAAUGCAGAAGCGAUGGCCGUUAUAUCCGCAAUGGAAGAUAAACCUCUCUCUGAUCCAGAAGUUCAGCGCACUUACUACGGCAUUCGUGAGGCUGUUGCUGUCGAAGCAUCUAGUCAAGGGUCACUACGUGAACUCACUACCGGGGGUCCCAGCCAGAACUUUAGACGAACGGUCAUUGCUGUAGUAUUUAUGAUGAUGCAGCAGCUGACCGGCAUCAAUCUCGUUACCUUUUAUGCUACUAUUGUAUUCCAGCGUCUUGGUCUCUCCGAGGUCAACGCACGGAUCACCUCUGUAGCUAACGGCGCAGAGUAUAUUCUUGCUUCUAUUGCUGCUUAUUAUACUAUAGAUUAUGUGGGCCGGCGUCACCUCAUGCUAUUUGGAGCUAUUGGUCAAUCCAUCGUGAUGCUGCUCUUGGCUAUCUUAGGAUAUAUCAAUAAUACCCCCGCGCAGAUAGUGAGCGUGGUCCUUAUAUUUGGCUUCAACACGUUCUUUGCUUUUGGCUGGCUUGGACUAGCUUGGUUAUACUGCGCUGAGAUUGCUGGGCUCAGAACUCGAGCGCCGACAAAUGCGCUAAGCACGGCGUCAAACUGGACUUUCAACUUCGUCGUGGUGAUGGUCGUUGGCCCAGCUUUCAACAAUAUUUCCUGGCGAACCUAUAUUGUCUUUGCGGCCCUGAAUGCGAUCAUCGUUCCAGUUGUUUACUUUUUCUUCCCCGAAACCGGUGGUCGGUCUUUAGAAGACCUCGACGUCGUGUUUGCGUUGGCGUACAUAAAUGGUGAAGAUCCUGUCAAGGUCUCACUUCGGAAAGAUGUCCCGCUUGCUGGAACGCGAGAAGCGGACGAGAUUCUUGGAGUCAGCCCACGCCCUUCGGAAAACCCUCCCACGCCAUCCUCUUCAUCGGGAAAAGUCAGAAAACAGGUGUAGAUGCGAUUGCUGCAUUGAAACCUAACAGUAAGCUGCUUACGAUUCAAUCGUAUUGGGAUGCGAGUUGCAGAAUCGUGUGGUCGCAAAUUGAAUGAGCUAGGCUAGGGGGAGAAACAAGUCCUUGUAUUUUAUUCAAGUUAUG